AGAAACUAAAUGUCCAGCAAAGCCAGGUGAGGGCCGGACGCUGAUAACGCGUGACACCUUCCCCGAAUGGCAGCUUCGGCGCGGCCGCUGACCGACGUGGACUUUUGCUCUGGAUCUCGCAUUGAGGAGUUAAACAAGCUGUUGGAGGAACUGGAGAGGAGGGAGAGAGGAGCUCUGCAGGGGAGGGACCUGGUGCAGAGCUGCGUGCAGGCCAAGGACUACAUCUUCUCGCUGAUUGCUCACGUACACCCCCUGCCCUCUCCCAACUCUCUCCUUCUCCUCUCGGGGGGCUUGUGCUCUGGCUGUCUCGAUGUCUGUCCGUAUGACCUGGGCUCCCCUUCACCCUUUCUCUCUCCACCCGUCUCUUACACCCUUCUGGUCCCCAUUCUCCGUCUUGGGUCUCCUGACCUCGUCUCCCAGUCCUCUCCUUGCCAUUACCAGGUGCCUCUAUCUCUCUGGGACCCGCCGCACCCGCGUCUCCAGUCGCCCACCGCGCAUGUCUCUCCGCACGCGGUUUCCCUCUGGUUUCUCCCAUCGCUUCUCUCUGCUGUCUCCAGCCUCCCACCACCUCCUCUGUCUCUAGAGAAGGCCGAAGCCUGGGGCAGCUGUGCCUCCAUCCUCCUGUCCAACCCCAACGGCCUCCUCAUCCGGUUUGAUGUUAUUCCUGUGGUUGAGGUUCAGGGUUUGCCCCCCGGUGCCCAGUACCUGGACGACAUAGGGGCAGAUGAAGACGGCAGCCCCAGGCUCUUCCACCUGUUUCCCUGGGGUCCCAACGAGCAGUGGCGAGUGGGGUUCCCGGGCACAGAACUAUUUAUGCGGAAAUGCCUCCCCGAGACCCUCUCCAGGGUGCUGAGGGCCUCCAUGGCUGUGCUUGGCCCUCUCCUUCAGGAGAAAGGAGCUCCUGGUCCAUAUGUGGUUUGGGUGACCCUCAUUCACGCCUGUGAGCGGCUGCCCCGGGGGUAUCUAUGCCGGGGGCAGAAUGCAGCUCUUUGCUUCUUAGGCCUCCUUGAAGAGCUUUCCCUUGCUUUCCUACGAGGCUCCUGCCCCAACCCGUUCUUACCGGGGUGUGACCUCCUACGGGGUAACCCUAGGGGUCCAUCCCUGGCCCGCAGGGUGUCAGAGGUCAGGGCUAAGCCGGUUCUCUAUCUGCGAGAGGUAGUGAGAGAGGCGAAAGAGGCGGUCAGAGGAGGGGAGAAAGACGAGAGGGAGGAGAGGGACGAGAAAGAAGAGAAGGGAUCUACCUGUUACCCCAGCUAG